UAAUUCGAACCCUGUUUCUAUUUUCAGGUGGCUAAUCCAUUUUAUUAAUAAGUGUACAUAAUCUAAGUAAUAAUAAAAAAACAUGUCAAGACAGGGAACGCCACAACGACCCAAUGGUGCCCCACAGGGAAAAAUUCAACCAUUCAAACUGGUUUUGCUUGGAGAAUCUGCUGUUGGAAAAUCAAGUUUAGUUUUAAGAUUUGUGAAAGGACAAUUCCAUGAAUAUCAAGAAAGUACAAUAGGAGCGGCAUUUUUGACACAAACGGUAUGUUUUGAUGAUACAACUGUCAAAUUUGAAAUAUGGGACACAGCUGGUCAAGAAAGGUAUCAUAGUUUAGCACCUAUGUAUUACAGAGGAUCUCAAGCUGCUAUUGUUGUAUACGAUAUAACGAACCCGGAAUCUUUCACUCGUGCAAAGAGCUGGGUAAAAGAACUUCACCGACAAGCAAGUGCAAACAUCGUAAUAGCCUUAUCGGGCAAUAAAGCUGAUUUGGGAAAUAAACGCAUGGUUGAAUAUGACGAAGCACAAGCAUAUUCCGAGGAGAAUGGUCUUCUAUUUAUGGAAACGUCUGCGAAAACAGCAAUGAAUGUCAACGAAUUGUUUCUAGCUAUCGCAAAAAAAUUGCCAAAGAAUACGGAUACGCAAUCUGGCCAAGGUGCAUCGCCGAGGGGAAGAGGAAUUGAACUCACGGAAAAUACAGACCAACCAAAAACAGGCUGCUGCAAAUAAUUUCAUUCCAUGACUAAGCAUUUUUAAAAAAAAACAUUUGGUACAUUUAUAUCAUUAUGUUUUCCUGGUGGACACCUUGGUUGCUUUUUCUUUUUUCUCGCGCAAAAUCUAUAUUUUUAAAAAUAUUUGGUUGACGUAGCUUUUAUAUUACGUUUUAUAUAUACAUUACGAGCCCUUUCCCUUUAUCAGCAUUCAGUGCUGUUAAAAAAAUCUAUGAUGGAUUGAGGCUACCCAUGAUUUGUGCUAACAUUAUGCCUCCAUCGCCUUUGUUUUUAUUCUACUACAUAUUUUGUAUACUUUUAUUUGCACCAUGCAAACUAGGUAACGAUUCGUUUCGCCACCAGGUCAGAUUAAGGUCAGAGCUUGUCUCAUGAAGAUUUUUCUUCAUUUUUUCUUUUCUUUAUGUUAUAAUUAAUUUCUAAAAAAGUUGUUUUAUAUUAGCCUAAGAAAAAAUAUGUCCGUGUGUGUGCUUCUUAUUUGUUCAUAGUCCAUUAUAUCGUGUUGGGUCUUCUAGAAUAAUGCAAGAAAUUUGUCGUACCCUGAAAUUUUAAAGUAACUUCUUUAUUCUUUUACGCAACAAACUUCGAUGCUAAGAUAUAGUGUUUUUCGUCGUGUUUUAAGAGAAGAAAUAGGAAUUUCGGCAUACAUAUUAAGUCCUGUGAGGGUACGAGAAAUUUUUCUAAUCGAAAUCCUUAAUAAAACGACGCAAUUGUAUAAUUUCGUUGGCUGUCGUGUAAAUUAAUAAAUUCACUUAAUUUGCGUU